CAGAUAAGGACUGCCCACAGUGGUGAAAAUAAAGGUUGUAAUCGGGUCACUCAUGGCACCCUACUGAGCAAGCAGUACUCUUAUGAAAAGUAAGACCAGCAGUCAGCAUGCAUGCAUCACGAGGCUCUACUCAGCCUUGAACUUUGUCAUGGGUGACGCAGAAGAGGAAGUCCAGGGGCACGUGCAUGCAGCAUCAACAACAUAUCCAAAUGAAAAAAAACAAACAAUAAUCCAAAUGAAAGUAUAGUUUCACAAUUUGAUUUAGGUUUGCUUAAGCCUUACAUGUAUAUUUGGUAGUAAAGACUUCUCAUGAGGAAAAGCUCCAAUUUGAGUGAUUCUCCAGAAGAUUUUAACCCUUAACUUGCCACUGAAAUGUUAGAAGGGUGAUUCUUGCUUCCAGUUCCCUGGUCUAUUCUCAGCAAUUACUCACUUCAUACACAUGUAUGAUGUGAUUCGCAAAUGUUGCACAACUCGGAUUUUGCAACUGAGAAAAUCUGUGGUUCUUUUUGCUUCCUUAAGAGAGGACAAGAAACAGGAUUUCCUGUGACUGAAGAAGCAAUUGCAGGAACCCAUAACAGCCACGGACAAUGUAAUAAGCAGCAAAAAUUUCACUUAAAGGUGCACUAUGUUGAAAGUGCCCCUUCCCUCCCCCUUUCCUCCCAGAAAUUUACAACACUUACCAAUUUGGAGUGGUCUGCUUAACAUAUUAGAAAACAGCUUACAUUGCAAGAGAUGUAAAGAGUAUAAAAUACAAAAGAAACUCAACCUAAAAUGGCAUAAGGCAUCAUAGCUGCAACGCACAUAGAGAAAGGUCAGGUUUGGCUACUUUGCUGUUUUCACUAACAGUCAAACACAUAUAUGUAACAAAAAUUAGCUCUCAUCAAGGCCAAGUGGAAGGACAAAGACACGAAAAACAAGUGGGGAUUUUAGGUAAUGCACUCACUAAUAAAAAGCCCACACAUCUCUAUUAUAAACAUGAGCAGAUGCACAGAUACACAAAGCUUAUACACAGUAACCCUCUGUGACACAGAGGAAUGCAUAAGAAAGCCCAUAAAAUCUUGCUGUGGCCUGACUUACACACACUCAAACAUAUAUACAGCGCCUACAAAACCAUGAUGGUCCACAGCUUUAUGGCCCCUCUGCACCAGACCAAAACAUAAUUGCAGCUGUAUAUCUAUAGAGCAGAACAAUGGAAGCAGACCUUUUAGGAAGUAGGUGUAUGUGAUUAAGUUGUUAUUAUUUCCAGUACCACUAUAUUUCAAAGAAGAUAACACAAACUGGCAGUAAUUGGAGGUAAAGUCAAUAUCCAGAUCUGAACUUUUCUACCUAGAAACAUAAUAACUGCCUAUUGUAUUAUCCACCCUGUCAAGGAUCUUCUUACUGACAGGAAUUGGUAAUAGUUGUCUUAGUUGUCGUCCGAGGUAAAAAAUAGUUCUGCACAGGUUUUAUCAUGGAAACUUUGUCUUCUAAGAUUAACAGAAGAUCGGAAAAGCCUCUUGUACGCAAGUUUUAGACUCGUCUGUGAUUACAGAAUGAAAACAAAUAUGUACCUUAGCACACAGAAUGGGUUAAUAAUUCAACACAUCACAAAGCAGAAGGAAACCUAGGGAAAAAAACCAAAACAAAACAGUUCCCAUCUGAAGAUAUAUUACCCCAUUCUUAAUGAACUACUGAAGGCUUCAGUCGACACAAAAACUGCAAUCAUUUCCUUCAAAACAGUUUCUGUCAAAAUGAAUGGGAGUAUUGUCAGCUUCUCCAAUGGAACAUCAUUGAUCUGCCAUAGAGACACCAGAAUUGCACAUGUGGUGUUCCCAGUCCUCUACACUGUUGUUUUCCUUAUUGGACUGAUACUGAAUAGUUUGGCUGCUUGGGCUUUCUUCCAAAUUCGAAGCACAUCAACUUUCAUAGUCUACCUCAAAAACACACUGGUUUCUGAUUCUAUAAUGACUUUAAUGCUUCCUCUGAAAAUUCUUACUGAUUCAGGACUCGGACCAUGGCAACUUAAAGCUUUUGUUUGUCGUGUUUCAGCUGUGAUAUUUUAUGAAGCAAUGUAUGUCAGUAUAGUACUACUUGGUCUUAUUGCUUUUGACAGGUUUCUCAAAAUUGCACGACCUUAUGGGAAGCUUUGGGUGCAAAAUGUCACAUCUGCAAAAAUUAUUGCAGGGAUUGUUUGGAUUUCUUUCUUCAGUCUCUCUUUGCCAAACAUGAUUUUAUCAAACAAAAAAGCCAUGCCCCACUCUGUGAAGAAGUGUGCUUCUCUGAAGAAUCACUUAGGACUGAAAUGGCAUGAAGCUGUCACUUAUAUUUGUCAGUUUGUUUUCUGGGCUGUAUUAAUUCUAAUGUUUCUCUUUUAUGCAGUUAUUACCAAAAAGGUAUACUUGUCUUAUAAAAAAACUCAAAAGAAAGAUAGCAAAAGCAAACAAAGGACCAAAGGGAAAGUAUUCAUCAUUGUCAUAGUUUUUUUUGUAUGUUUUGCUCCAUAUCAUUUUUCUAGAGUACCAUACACUCUAAGUCAAACCCACCAGAGAAUGGACUGUAGUAUACAGAAUCAAUUAUUCAUUGCCAAAGAAGGUACUCUUUGGCUAGCUAGUACAAAUAUUUGCAUGGAUCCCCUGAUAUAUAUAUUCUUGUGCAGAUCAUUUCUAGAAAAAGCAUUCUGUGUUAAGGUAAAAAAAUUUAGAAGUACAAUUCAUGAAAAUCCAACAGUUCCAAUGGACACUAGAAUAUCAGUAUAGAUUCUUGAUAUGGUAAUUUGGAACUCUGUAAAUAGAACGGGUGUGCAAAGCAGGCAGUAUUCGAUUUGGAUUUGGCCUGAUUUGGGGGGCAAUGAUUCGAUUCACUGAUUCGGAUCACUGUUCUGAUUUGAUUCGGCCAAAUCUGAAGAUUCAAUUCUG